AGAAAAAACCUUCCUGUGCUGAAGGCGGGGCCACGGGAACGCGCGUCCACGACCUUCCAAGCGCGCUCCCGGGCCGUGUCUCCUUCAGCUGUGUCAGAGGAGCAGGUUGGUGUGUGAGGUUGAGCUUCCCCGCUCUGGCGCGUCUCUGCUCCUCCGGCUGAAAUGGGAUUUGUGCGUUCCGAGUGGACACCGACCGGCUCCUGCGCUCCUGCUUCUGUCCGCCUUCUAGUCUCCUUCAGCCGGGGAAACCCUGCAGCGCAAGUGUGAGCGCUUACAUCCGCACCGAACAGCGUCUCUCUCCCUCCCUGUGAAGCCCGUUUGUUUCCCGACGCUUCAUUUAUGGACUAAAGAAGCUCCGAGUGAGCGUGUUUGUAAUUUCCGUUCACACAGCUGAAGAUGGAGACGAUGAUGGAGAGGGAGUGCAGCGCGCUGGGGGGGCUUUUCCAGACUGUCAUUGGAGACAUGAAGGGCAGUUACCCCGUCUGGGAUGACUUCAUCAGCAAGGCCAGCAAACUACAGUCACAGCUAAGGACGACGGUUGUCGCUGUAGCAGCCUUCCUGGAUGCCUUUCAGAAGGUGGCCGACCUGGCAACUAACAGCCGAGGGGGGACCCGGGACAUCGGUUCAGCCCUCACCAGGAUGUGCAUGAGGCAUCGCAGCAUCGAGGCCAAACUACGCCAGUUCUCCAUGGUGUUUCUGGACUGUCUGAUCAACCCUCUACAGGAGCAGAUGGAGGAGUGGAAAAGAGUCGCCAACACUCUGGAUAAAGACCAUGCCAAAGAGUACAAGAAAGCCCGUCAGGAGAUCAAGAAGAGAUCAUCAGACACUCUAAAGCUGCAGAAGAAAGCUAAGAAAGCUGAUGUUUUCGGCCGUGGAGACCUGCAGCCCCAGCUGGACAGCGCCAUGCAGGACGUCAGCGAUAAGUACCUGCUGCUGGAGGAGACGGAGAAGCAGGCGGUGAGGAGGGCGCUGGUGGAGGAGAGGAGUCGCUUUUGCUGCUUCGUGUCCAUGCUGCGGCCUGUCGUGGAGGAGGAGAUGUCCAUGCUGGGGGAGAUUACACACCUCCAGACGCUGACAGACGACCUGAAGAUGCUAACCAUGGACCCACACAAGCUGCCCGCUUCCAGUGAGCAGGUAAUCGUAGACCUGAAGGGCUCCGAGUGCACCUGGUCCUACCAAACUCCUCCCUCGUCACCAAGCACCACCGUAUCCAGGAAGUCCAGCAUGUGCAGCAGCCUGAACAGCGUGAACAGCAGCGACUCUCGCUCCAGCGGCUCACACUGUCACUCCCCGACCUCCCACUUCCGUUAUCGCGCCUCCUCCUCCUCUUCCUCCUCAGUGCUGCCCCAGCAGACACCUGCCCGCCUCUCUUCAAUCUCCUCACACGACUCUGGCUUCAUCUCUCAGGACGCCUACCAGUCCAAAUCCCCUUCACCGAUGCCCCCAGAGACCCUGCAGUUGACAAAUGGGUUUGACCAUCACGGAGCCCAGGACCCCCACCUCCACCCUUCAUACUUCUCCUACUCCUCUCCCACCACCACUACCACCACCUCUCCCAUCUCCUCGCCCUCCUGUUCGUCCGUUUCACCCACGUGGCCGUGGUCUCGCUCAGGCUGCGGCCAAUCAGGAGAGUUCCUGCCUCUCAGCCCCUCGGGGCUUGGAGUGAUCCCAUCAUCCAGAGUCCCGUCCUGGAAGGAUUGGGCCAAACCAGGCCCGUACGAUCAGCCCAUGGUUAAUACCCUGAAGAGGAGCAAGGACAGGAGAGAGACUACAGAUCCCAGCAGCCACCAGGGUGCUGAUGUCACCACACCAGGAGAGGAGCCAAACAGGGGCAAAGGAAACAACACUUCAUCAUCCCCCAAGGUGGACAGGGAGACCCGUGAGGAGCUGGCCAGAGCUCUGGCCCGCGGCCUCCAGCUGGACAUCCACGGCUCCAGCAGAGAUUCCCUGCAAGGCUCCAGCGGCUACAGCAGCCAGACCAACACACCCUGCUGCUCAGAGGACACCAUCUCCUCACAGGUAUCGGACUGUGACUACUACUCUGUGGGAGCAGAUCAGGAGGUGGAGCAGCAGUCCUCAGACUUUGAUAAAUCCUCCACCAUCCCGAGGAACAGCGACAUCACCCAGUCCUACCGCCGCAUGUUUCAGUCUAAACGCCCUGCUUCCACUGCUGGCCUGCCUUCCAACCCCUCUGCUGUAAUCACCCCGGGGGUUGCUACUAUCAGACGGACACCGUCCUCCAAACCCAACUUGCGACGACCAUCCGGGGGCCUCAACCUGGGCCCCAUCCCCAUCAAGCCCCCCAUGAUCCCAGUUAAGACUCCCACUGUGCCUGAACACCCUGGAUUCCCCAGCAAAGCAGCGUCAGAAGACGGCAACACCCCGCGGACCCCGCUAAGCCCGGCCACCACUCCUCUGUCACCAGGCAGCAACGGGUCAUUGUCACCAAAGUCUGUCCCUUGGGAGAUCCAGCACAUGGGCAAGGGAUUGGAUCCUCCAACCCCACCUCCACAGCCCAGCGGUCGGUCAUCAGAGUGGGAGCGCCGACCCCUCCCAGAGCUCUUGGAGGAAACAGAAUACGCUGAGGUGGAGGACUUUCUGGUGGCCAUCCGACGAGGUGUCAAGCUCAAGAAGACGACAACCAACGACCGAUCAGCACCAAUGAUUCACUGAGACUGCAAAGGUUGGUUUGACAUGAGCCAUUUUGUGUCCCUGGCUGAAAAUACUGUUGGAAGGGACACAAAAUGGUUAAUGCUAAGUAAAAGCAAAUCGCUAUGACAUCAAAUGGAUGCCAGUAACAGGAGGAAGUUGCCCAGAGACUCUGAUUGAGGAUCAUUUUAGAAAUCUUGUCUUUUAGCAGUGAUUACAAAAAAAUGUGCAUUUUCACAGUUUGGCCAAAGAGUAAUAAUAUUUGCAUUUAAAUCAAACAAAGACCGAGUCCAUUGUCAGCUGGGAUCGCCUCCAGCCUCACCUGCACAGGUGCACAAGGAGAAAUUUUAAGUAAACUUUCCACAAAGUGUUGACUGGACUUGUUAAGCACAUCUCCCUUUAAAAUCAGUUCUAGUUCCUGCGCGAGGCCGAGCCAGGAACUCUGAUCCGAGAUCGUUUCCUCAGGGCAACUUCGAUAACAGAGCGAGGGAGACGGGAUCAUCCUGACGACCGAGAGACGCCUGGACAAGGUCGACCUUGUAGCAGGAAAAAAGAGGCUUAAAUGAAAUGAAAUCCUAAUGUUGGGGAGAAGUGAAGGUAGAAGAAGAAGAGAACACUUCUCAGACAGACGACGCUGAGCUGGGAGGAGUGAUGGAAUAUUUUCGAAAGAUCAAAUCAUUAUUUGUAUGUACAUAUUUCUAUUUUGAUGUGUUUGUAUGUUUUACACCCUCGUAGUCUCCCAUUUCCACUAAAGGUGCCAAAAGCCUGUGUGCUGAAUACGACUUACAUAUUUAAUGCUGGAUUUUCUUUAUGUACAAACAUGAGUAUGGUGUUUGACAGAGAGUUGUACUUGGACACCACCUGAAAGAGGAUUUGUAUAUGUAGAGCAGCGUAUUGAAGAGUGGCGUGUAACCAUUCGCAACUAAGGAUUUUCUGUUGUUACAGUAGACUGACCUGCGUGUAUUCAGUUUGCCUCAGUAUAAAUGAUCCUUUUGCCUCUUAAACCGAAUAAGAAAACCCCGGCAGCAGGAGAGGAUCAGGAACUCUGGAUGGAACAACUCGAGGUUAAGGCUGCUGUCCAAACAACGUCCCGGCUCUGAAUUUCUAAGCUGAAAACAAUACUGCAAGGUGCCAUUGGAGGUUCAUUUCCUCUCACUGCGAUUCUGUGCUUGUCAAAAGCACUUUGUGAAAUUUGAGCAAUUUAAAAAUGCACAAAAAUACAGAAACACCAUUAGCAACGCAGCAUGGCCACAGCGUGCGUCAGCCAACACUCCAAGUCCAUAGCAGUGCAGUAACAGAGGCUACCACAGUUUCCUCCUGUGCUACUGCGUAUCUGUAGUAAAUACAAUCAUGUGGAUUUGUGUAUUGGUCUGGUGUAAUAGAAGUGUGCUGAUUUAGGAGGCACAGAUUUAAACAGUUGUGGAUGUUAUUUUAGUGAAGUUACUGCUCGGUCAGUGCUUAAAUUAUUGGCCUGUGACCUGAUGUUUAAUGCUUAAUAUCUAAAACGCAGAAAAUCUGGUCUAUGUUGUAUAACUCAGUCGUAGUUAGCACUUUUUACUAAAUACUGAAAUGUGCAGUGUGCACAUAUUAAAUUGUGUGUAAGCCAGAAAUGUGUACAAGUCUAAGGAUAGCCGACUUCCCAAAAAUGCCAAAUGACUGCCCUGAAAGAGCAAGACGGUUGAACACAGUCACUUUGGAAGGCUGAACGUGGUCGGUCGACCCCCCCAGUAUUCUGCCUACAAGUAUAAACGGUGUCAUGUAUAAAAAUCUCUAAAGAGAGGAGAUGCACAACACGCUGGUUUGGAGUUUAGCUUGUUUUUAGUCCCAAACUGUUACUUACUAGCCUAAAAACACCAACUGUUCAGUGUGUGGAGGUGUUUCAGGUGGUGCGGGACACGCUGUGGUAACCAUGUUGGAGGUCCAACACUUUAUACAGCUAUGAAGUCAAAUCCUUCACACGCUGAUCCACAGAGUGCCGUUCACGUCUUAUUCAUCUUGGUCCUGAAAUUGUCUCCAGUUCAGAGACUGCUCGAAAAAAAAUGAACAAAAAUAAAGUCAAAUUAUUAUUAACGCCCACUUCUAUUUGAGCUUUGAUAUAUCAUCACUUAGAAAAGUGAUUCUACGAGUAGUCCUGUCGUGCCUCAUCGUAUUUUACAAAAAUUAAGAUCUGAUGCUAGUGCACGACUGCACGAGCUCAUCCCAUCAAAUUUAGAGAUGCCAUUAAAAAUAACCAACAGCUGUCAAUGAUUGGUGAGAACAAAGCUCUAAUUGAUGUUUUUAAAAACACUGAGCCUCAGCUGCCUGUGGACCUCCACAGUGACACCACACGAGGCCGACGUGACCCACCAGGAGAUCCUCUUAGCUGCACACAAUCAGACCCUGCUGCAUACUAAUAUGAAUAUAAGUCCAGUACGUAUGUAUACUUUAACUGUACUAGCUUGUUAAUACAUGUCAGAUUUUAGCUGUCAGCAAGCUGAAAUACACUAAAACUCCCAUUUCUACCAAAUAGCACUGCUAAUAUGUAGUCACCACAUAAUUAUUACGUGCUUUAAGCAUUUAUUAAUUUAAAUAUUCCCAUCUUUUUCGUUUGACCUGUUGAGCAUAUAAAACCUAUUAACGAGACUAUAUUUAAUAUGCAUGUCGUCUUUCGUUUGCUUUGUUUAGCUGAGCAUAAUGAUUUAUUAGCCUGCUUCUCUCCUCUGUUGAUCCAACUCUUCUGGACCAGGAUGCAGUUUAGAUUCCUGCAGGAUGCAGAAACGUUUCCUGCUGUGUGUGACGGUUGUUUGACGCCCUGUACGACAACCGAAGCCGGCUUCGUUUUUUAAAAAAAUCCAGGCUUAUUCUCCUGUGCAGGUUUACAAAUCCAGUCGUGUGUGGCUGACGCGAUAACAAGCGUAUGAAGCUGAGUGUUUGAGCUGUGAAGACUCUGUAGAUGUUUGUCAUCGAUGAUCCGAGUGAGGCCGACACACACUGAGGAUCAGAGGAGCGUUAGAAUUCCCGUCAAAGCUGGAAAAUGAUUCGUUUAAAUGUGUCACACAUUCAGAGCGCACCGGGUUAGAAAAACCAAGUUAGAUGAAAAGCCAGCGACCCGGUCCUCAGUGUGUUGAGACGCCACUCUUGUCCCCGAGCUGUAAACACAGCAGCUGUCAGUGUGUCCGUUUAACCCUUUAAACUUCAGCCUUUCAUUUUCAGAUGAGUUGCCUAAUGUCUUACCGUAUAUGCUUAAAGAAGCUCUGGGUUUGAUUUCUUUGUAUGAUACUCCUCCUUCAGGUGCUCUCCUAUAACUAUGAGGUUUCCCUCGUGCAUUUCCUCAACAGAUUUUGAUACAGCCACUUUAUUUUAUGGAAAGUAUCAGAAUUAGAAUUUUGGCCCUUAGAUUAAUUAUCACCAUAGUCUCGGGUGCACGUUUUACAAAAAAUGCAUUUUUAGUCAGUUAUCAUUUAUUGCACAACAACAAAAAGCCUAUUUAAAAAUAUUUCAAAUAUCUUUCUUGUAAGUUUGAAGCAUUAUGAUUUAUUUUGUCAGAUGUACACGUACUGUGGUGGAUUCUCAUUGUAAACGUGGCCACAGAUUCAGAUAUGAAGUCAGUGUUUGUUCAUGUCGGCUUUUUAUGCUCUCAGAUCUUUCAGGCACUGAGAGAGACCCCUCGGCACGUUUAAGCCCCACCCACCUGCCGUUGAGCCUUCUGUUUGCCGGACCCAUCCAAUCAGCAGAAAGCUGGCUUAAAGGUAUCUUAAAGAGGGAGGAGCCAGAGUGAAAAAUGCAUUUUAUAAAUCACAGAUUGAGGCCUAAACUUUGGGACAGCAGUCCUUUACUUCCCCAGUUUGCUCUUACGAUGGUAAAUAAAAGGCGGAUUUUAAGGCAAACUGCAGCUCUUAUUAAUAAAAAGACUUUAAAUUAGACUUACAAAAACAACCGCGUACAGUGUGUCAGGUAAAAAGUCUGCUCCAGUUCUGAUUUAUAAAAGUUAUUAUCAGCUACGCCUUCGUAGUGAAAUGUCAAAAACUAAAUCCGUUAAAAAUUCAGCAACGAGGUUGAGAUCAACAGCUUCGCUAACAUCACUCACUCACUAUAAUAAUCACUUUAAGCCGAUGUACAAGUGAGGUUUAAUUUUUAUUGAUUUUAAUAAAAGUAACUGCACAUGAAUGUAACUUUUUACUGACAAAUUUCCCACUAGCCUUGAACUCAGCAUGGCUCCUGUAAGAACAGCAGCUUUUCUCCAUCUCAUUUCAGCUGUUUUUUAAAACCGUGAGGAAACAAACAGGUUUUAUUAAAAUCCUAAAUCUGCAGCAGCUACAGACCUUUCCAGCGCUGUGACGAACUCACUCCUGCCUGUGGUGCUAGAAGUAAAAAACCUUUUUUAUUUAAUUUUUUUUACUACUUUUGUAAUUCUGUAAAUUCUGCUUCAUGUUCCUGAAUAUUAAUCAUCUUUUUCUAUGUAAACCGGUUUUUUGUUGGAUCUUGGCUGUAAAAUAAAAUCGUACGUUCGAUGUGCACCUGAUGACGAGGGAAACCUGCGCUUUGCUUUUAUCGUUUUUUGUUUCUAUUUAACUUCAUGAGGCUAAAGUAGGAAACCUUUAGUUUGACUGUGAGCUUGGGCUUAAGAUAAACGAUUGGUUAUCUUUGGUCCUACUUUUUCAUGCAAGACGUUUUGAUUGUCCCUUAAUAAACUUAUCAAGUACUGACAAAUAA